UUGUGCAGUUUUGAAGUCUUUAAUGUAUUUACGAAGGUUUAUUUUUUCAGUAGGAUCCAAUCAGAUAGCAAACAGAGGCAACCAACUGUCUUCUAGGCUGACGUACAAGCUGCUCACCGACAGUUGUGCGAAUUUGCAAUAAAAUUAAUACUUUGGGGCAGAAUGAAAGUUAUUUACAAAAAGCUUGUGUGUCUUUUAAUGGACUUUUGGAACCAAAUUUUGUGUAUCUUGAAUGGAUAGGGUACUAGAAGUUAUUUUGUAUAGAAGUUCCAAAUGUUUACAUUUGAACAAGUUGUAUGUCAAUAAAUUCAAAGGCCAGAAUUAAUAUUACUCGACUGACUUUCAUUUUCUUAUGCAAGCAAACUAUAUUAUCAAAGAAAGGGAUCAAUUUUUAGUUAAAGACAACUCGACAGCUUAUUUCGUAUAAGCAACGAGACAUACUAUUAUCGCAAUCUGACUACAAAGAGAUGGCGGAGUUCCUGAAAGUACACAAUAACCUGGUGGAAAAAGAGGCCAUUGACUUCAAACUUUUAAAAUACGAAGACAAAAGAAAGGGAGGGAUUCGCAAUUAUUUCUGAAUUGGUUUUAUUGGAAGAAGUAACAAGGGAUUGAGAAAAUUAAUUGUCGAUUACGUGUGAUUUCGGAACUUGUUCUGUGAAAAUUUGAAAUUAAUCGAGAAAUAGCAAAUUCGAUAGCUUCGAACGCAAAAAGAAAUGGAUAACACAACAGAUACGGUGCCUCCAAAAUCUUCCAUAUUCCAUGUCUGCUACCUCUGCUUCCUUAUUCUCGCCAUCAUCAUCGGAAAUAGCCUGGUCCUUGUUUUAAUUCGUUUGAAUCGACGACUUCAUUCGCCAACUUUCUACUUUCUUGGAAAUCUUAGCUUUGCCGAGUUGCUAAUCGGCGUGGGUUUUGUACCACUCUAUACUGCAGCUGUAUUAGAAGGAAGAUGGAGGUUCGGAAAGACUAUGUGCAGAGCCCAUGCGUUUGUUGUGACGAGCAGUGUGAACGCUUCGCUGAUCACUCUUUGUGUUGUAAGUGUGGAUAGGUUUUUGGAUAUAAGAGACCCACUCAGGUACUUUGGGCGCAUGACAAAGAGAAGAUCGGCCAUGAUUAUUUUCUGUAUUUGGGCUCACUCAUUAUUUUGGGCUGCAAUGCCGCUUGUGGACUGGGGCGAAAUCUCGUUCGACAACAACACGAAAACUUGUCGGCCGGACUUCGCAGCUUCGGGAAUCUCGAACCGAGUUUACGCAGCUUUACUUGUCGUGUUCGGGUUUGCAAUUCCCUCCUUAGUGACCGGAUACUGUCACAUAAAGAUAUACCAAAUGGCCAAAGAACAGACGAGAAAAAUCGCUAAGAUUUCAGUUAGGAAAGAUUUCACUUCAGGUCAUGUUCAGGAAGAUAUCGUCCUUACGUUCCAUCCGAGGAGAGAGCGUAAAGCGCACAAAACAAUCUUGAUAAUCAUUGGUGCGUUUGUUGUUUGUUGGCUUCCUUACAGCAUUGGAACAUCAUGGAAACUGGCGACGGGACAUGCAUUGGAAUUGUAUUGGUUUGCCAAUGUUGGACUAACAUUGGCGCUUACCAAUAGUUCGUUGAAUCCGCUGAUCUACACUCUCCGUGAUCGCAGGGUCAGAAUGGGAUUCAUGAAGCUUGUAUGUGGCGAGAGAUAUCGUAAGAAACUUAGCGGGAAGUUUCUCGCAGUCGAGCUAUAAACCUCAGGAUGAUUGCAAAUCAAGGAAACAAGAAACACCAGCCGAAAUACCAGACGCUGCGACAUUGUAAAAGACAGACAGCGGAUGUCCAACACAAUACAUUACACUCUUUUUUUUUUUAUAAGAACGUCUAAAUUUCAGUUGAGGCUGAGCAGUUCUUAUUUUUGGAGAAUUU